GGGGAGAUAACAGGGGCUCUGCAGGAGGAGACAGAGAUGGAGGAGCCAGAGUGUUCCAACUGCACCUUCAACAUCAGAGUGUUUUUGAGGGAGCUUGUCAAGUGCUGUGAGAAACUCAAGGAGGACGUGGACUCCCUGCAGUCCCGGCAGACAGCUGUGGGCAAGGUGGAGAACAUCAUAAAGCAAAGGAGCCAGGACCAGCAGCUCCUGCAGCACAUGGAGGACAAGGUCAGGAAGAUUCAAGGGGACUGUGAGGAGCUCAGCUUGGUCUCAGGGAACCUCCAGAAGGACUGUGAGGAAAAGCAGAAAGCUAUUGAGAUGCUAUUCCAGUCCUUGGAGAAACUGCAGAAGGAGAAAGCAGAUGAGCAGAAAAUGUUGCAGAACAUGUUGACAGCAAUGGAUGUGAAAGCGGACAAAAAUGCCUUGGGCAGCAAAGUCAAUUGCACCCAGUUUGAGGCAAACAUGGAGCGGCUGGAUCAGAGGCUGCGGAAGAUGCAAAGUCAGGUGUUGGGACAGAAUGAACACUGGAACGAGCUGCAGGAGAAGCUCAGCCACAGGAUAGAAAACAAGCUGGAUCGUGGGGAGCUGAAGGCUUUCCAUGAGAAGAUGGAGGAGACCUGGAAGAAGAGCAUCAGGGAGCUUGAGAAGAAGAUGAUGGCUGACAGUGCCGCUGGGCUGAGGAAGUGA